UGAGACCUAUAAAAGACUUCUCCUGACUUUGAAACUCCUGUCGUUUUCCAAAGCUCGUUGCUAAAUCUGGUUAGCCUUUAUUAUAUUAUAUUAUAACGUACAGUUUUAUUUUUGAUGGAAGAUAUUCACCAUAUUCCUUGCUCAGUGGGCACUCACAGUGGACACCGCUUUAGUCAGCACAAGUUUCUUUUGAAAACAAAUAAUUCGAACUGCAAAUGCAUUAUAAUAUGCAUCGAUGGACACAGUGACAGUCGUCAACUUUUCAAACAGAACUUCUAGAUAGUCUCAAAUUACUAAUUUAAUUAGCCAUACUUAUUUAUGGUCAAGUACUGGAUCCAAUUCUGGCCUAAAUAGAGGGUCAACUGACGUGUUGUAGCUGACACGAUUGAAGCGAAAGAUAACAGGCUAACUAGCAAAUCAACAGCACAGCUCCAGUGUCCAGUGCCUCGGUUUGUAUUGGAACCAAACAUCGCUUAUCAAAAUGAUUUUGGAAACACAUACACGGAAUCUUAAACUCAAGAAGAAACGAUCAAAAAAAACUCCAAUCAUAGAAGAGUUUGAACCUAUCCCAGCAGUCACAGUGACAGUGGUGGGAGAGUGUGGAGUGGGAAAGAGCUCCAUUCUCAGGAGGUUCAGGAAUGCCAGCUUCUUGGAGGAAUACUACUGUACUCACGGAGUUGAGAGAUCCCAAGCUUUGGUGGACAAACCCAACAGCUUUCAUGUCUCAAAGAAGCUGGUUCUGCAGUUCCUCGACACCAAUGACAUCUUCCUGGACCCAAGCAUGUGCACCACCAUCCAGGAUCAUGUUGAUGCUCUACAUGCAAGCUUCUCCAACUUUGUCCUGGUGGUUUAUGAUGUUACAGAUCAUAGUAGUUUUAUUGAAGCCAAAGCCUGGCUGAAAGUUGUCAAGUCAAUGCUGGUAGGGGCAGCAACCCUAAUUCUUGUUGGUAACAAGAGUGAUGAUGAAAAACACAGAGAGGUGCACAGAACUGCUGGGGAAGUGUUGGCCUCACUCCAUGGAAUGAAGUUUGUUGAAGUAUCAGCCAAAGAUGAAACCAACAUUUCUGCCUUACUGCAACUUCUGACUCACUAGCUAGUUGUUACCUCAUCCAUUUUUAAAGAGUCUUAAAUUAAAAUGGGAAUAUUAUGUAUGAUAUGUAAAUGAUGUAAAUACUGCUGCUAGCAAGAACUACUAUUACAUUUUUAAGAGUUUACUAGAAAAUAUUAGGGAGUAUUUUUCUUUAAAAUUGCUUUUAUAAAGCCCAUCUUUCAAGCAAUAGGUUGCACAUUGUGCUCAGGAACAAUCAUUUAUGUGUAACUGUGGGAUGAGAGAGUGCCUGGAAGGUUUCUGUUCUGCCUUUAGGCACUUAGCAAACUCAGUCUGAAUUGGGAUUUGAACUUCUUGACUCCCCUUGAUAAAUAGUCUUGUGGUUAUACAUCUGUCAGCGACACAUCCACUUGCACUUGUCAACCAGAGUUUGUCCAUUGGAAUAUGAUUAUGACCACUUUUGUCAUCCAAAGGACUGAGUGCUCUGCAUUGUAACCCCUUAUGUGGUUGGUGUAUGUGAGCUUGGAAUGUUCAUCUGCACACAUUGGGCAAGCUAUUUCAUUAUGUUAAUAUUAUUGCCAAAUCAAUAAAUAAUAUACCGGUACAUAAAUAAUAUACAUUCAUAAGAAAAGAUCUAAAUUGACCACCGGUGGGCAAUAGUUAUGCCUGAGCUGGUGUGGCACAAUAUGUAGGUCACAGCUGGGGCUGUGUAGCAAUAGGAAGUACUGUUUUCCUCAUUAAUCUUCAGACUCGAAGACAAGCCUAUAUAACAGCCUAAAUCUCCACACACCUAAGCUUAGUAGAUUUUCUGCAUAAAACAAAAUUAGUUUAUAUAUAUAGUAUUAGCUUUUUUGUCAGAAUUUUAGAUUUAAUAUCUUGUGCAUUAGGUAUAUAAUAUAAUAUAUUGGUUACUGCCAAGUCUGUGUAGCCAAGUUAAAUUUAUUCUUUGAACUCAAUGACUUUGAAAACUAGACACCUUUUCUUUACUGAACUGUUGGGUCUUCUGUGGUCUAUACCAUGGAAAUGUAGCCAGCUGUUCUUCUUGGUAGCUCCACACUGUUGAUUUGACAUAAAUAUAUAUAUAAAACUUCUUUCAAACAACAAAGUAUAACCUUAAAAAAAAUAUUUGUACAAAUACUCCUUUUUCCCUAGUGCUAAUAGAGCAUGGAAUGGGUUGCCUGAGCUAGCCAGGAAAACCAUUGACUUGGCAGAAUUUAAGUCAUUGGUUAAUAUGCAUGACUGAAUGCAUAACGCAUAGGACGUAAUCAUCUUCUUUUUUGAAGUACGUCUGUAUUAUAUAAGAUAAGAAGAUAUGGCUGAAAUUAAGAAAUUAAUAUUCAGGUGUCAUAAAACAGAUUUUCUUUUUUUAAACUAAAUUUAGAAAACUGAAGUACAAAAAUGUAUCAAUAAAAAUGUAUCAGUAAAAUAAUGAAAAUGGUAAAUUAAUUUUGUCAGAAUUUGUUACCAAUGUCAUUUUUUAAAAACCUUGAAUAAUUGUAUUUGUUUUUUAACAAAUGAUGUGGUCAUUAGCAUAAUUCAUUUCUUUACCAGCACUGUAUGUAUCAGAACAAUGUAUUUUGUAUCAGAGAAAUCAAUUUGAAUGUGAAUUUCUUUGUAAAACUAGUUAAAUUGAUGUGCAUGUUGACUUCAAUGACCUAGUCAAUUAAAAAAAAAAGUCUUUCAA